AACGUUUGCACUUUAGCCAGGGGCACUUUCGUUAUUCUAAACAAAUCUGCUACCCCUGCUGUCUCCUUUAUAAGUCUCCCUGCUCCACAUUUCUCAUCCCUCAUUUCGCGUUGUUGUUAAGCUUCAUUCUCCUCUCUCUCUCAAGUGUGGUGAUCAUAAGAAUCCACAGCCAGGAAAAUGGGGCUGACAUUCACAAAGCUGUUCAGCCGGCUUUUUGCCAAGAAAGAGAUGCGUAUCCUUAUGGUUGGUCUUGAUGCUGCUGGUAAGACUACCAUCUUGUACAAACUCAAGCUUGGAGAGAUUGUGACUACAAUUCCUACAAUUGGGUUUAAUGUGGAGACUGUGGAAUAUAAGAACAUUAGCUUCACUGUGUGGGAUGUCGGUGGUCAGGACAAGAUUCGUCCCUUGUGGAGGCACUAUUUCCAGAAUACUCAAGGUCUCAUUUUUGUGGUGGAUAGCAAUGACAGGGACCGAAUUGUUGAGGCAAGGGAUGAACUGCAUAGGAUGUUGAAUGAGGAUGAGCUGCGAGAUGCUGUCUUGCUUGUAUUCGCUAACAAACAGGAUCUUCCAAAUGCAAUGAAUGCUGCUGAGAUUACUGAUAAACUUGGCCUGCACUCUCUCAGACAGCGUCACUGGUACAUCCAAAGCACAUGUGCUACUUCUGGUGAGGGUCUUUAUGAAGGUCUGGAUUGGCUCUCAAACAACAUUGCUAACAAGGCAUGAAGCCAGUAAAUACCUUUUUGCGGACUGGCAGAUCUGGAUGCAGGGGUGAAUAUUAUCUAUUACUAUUUUUUAAAAUUCCUUUUUGCUUGAGACCGUUGGAAUGUUGUUUAGUUAUUUCUGUUUUUAGGACCAUAUGACAAUAUUGUAAUAGAAGAAGAAUGGUUGGUUGGAUACAUAUACUUCCCAGCCUUGAGCUGGGUUUUAGGUGUGUGAUGCUUCUAUCUGUGAUGAAACUGAUUUGGUGUUAACACCCCGUUUCUAAUUUUGUUUUCUUUCA